GGUCGUGGGGUUCGCCAGCGCCAUUUUAUAAACGUUUUGCGGGCGCCAUGUUUGUAUGAAGGAAUAGAAUUCACCGAAUAUAAUUAAGUUUCUUUUUGUUACUCUACCCUCCUUCUCCAAAAUUCCUCCAAGAAAACUGUCAGCCGGCGGGACACAAACAAAGCGGGGGUGGUCAAACUGUUUUCCAGUUUUAAAACAACAACCUCAGUGAUUGUUAGACUGGAAAGUGUUUACUAUCUUUCACUAAAGUAACCGUGAGUUUUUUCAAAACUAAUACUGUACUCCUUCAUCAUCUCUCACAGUCCAACGCCUCCUUUUAUUUUAUUUUUUCCUUUUUUUCUAUUGAGUGACUGAAUUCAACUCACUCUUGUUUUCGGGAACAGUGCAAUUUCGUUUACCAACCAUCAUGGCUUUUGCAAGCCUUUUCUCCAGCCCCCCAACCCCCGUUCUUGACAAAACCAUGACAGACUCUGAACUUGCAGGGGACGAAAGGUCGAGUAAAUAUUCUUCUCUAUCUAAAACAUUGCUAGAGGAUGGAGAACUUGAAGAUGGAGAGAUUGAUGAUGAAGGUAUUGGCAUUGAAGAUGAAGGAAAAGAAUCCAAAGAAGAAACUAAAGAAGAAAAAACUCGCAGGCAUUCAAAAAAAAAGCAUCGUAAGGAACGAGAGAAAAAAAAAGCUAAAAAAAGGAGGAAGGAUAGACAUAAACAUCACUCUCCUUCAAGUGAUGACAAUUCUGACUACAGCUUUGAGUCUGACUUUGAAACUUCAGAACAUACACAUAAAAAACCAUCAUUUAGAGAUUUUAACACUGCAUUCCCUCAACAUUGUCAAUCCAGUGGAGGAUACCCUAAGAUCAAGAAGCUCACUAUAAGUAAAAAUAACGACUUUGAUAAAUUCAGUGACUACAGUGAAGAAAAAUAUGAUUAUGAAGAGGAGAAUGAUUUUGCGGAUGAACUCAACCAAUAUAGACAAGCGAAAGAAGCUUCAGCCCCAAACCCUCCAAAAGGACCACCAAAGGGGCAGAUGAGGAAACAAAACAUGAAAGGAGUACAGAAAGGAGCUGGACAGAAAAGUAAAGGACGGGGAGUAGGACGUGGGCGUGGAGUCCUGAAAAGUAAGAAGCAGAAAGGCAAAAACUGGGGCAGGGGGAGAGGAAGGGGCACUGACCAAGGUGGUGAAUGCUCAGUUGAGGAUGGUAAAGGAUCUGUUAAUCCCCCAAAAAAGAGGAUAGUCAUGACGCAAGAAUUCAUUAACCAGCACACAGUGGAGCAUGAAGGUCGAUAUAUCUGCAAGUACUUUCUGGUGGGAUGUUGUAUUAAGGGUGAUCAGUGUAAAUUUGAACAUGAACAAGUUACACUCAAGAAGAAAAAUGAGAUCUGCAAGUACUAUGUUCAGGGUUUUUGCAGUAAAGGUGAAAAUUGCAUUUACAUGCACAAUGAGUAUCCUUGUAAAUUCUUUCAUACGGGCACAAAAUGCUAUCAAGGAGACAAUUGCAAAUUUUCCCAUGAGCCUCUGACUGAUGUCACUAGAGAGCUGUUAGAGAAGGUUUUAAAUACUGAUGAUGUAAACGAAGAUGAAAAGGAGUUGGAAGAUCUUCGGAAACAGGGCAUUGCCCCUCUUCCAAAACCUCCACCAGGAGUUGGUCUUCUACCAACACCAGGUUCUUUAAGUAAUCCACAAGAAGGCAGUCCCUGUCAUGGUGGUCUUAAAAAAAUCCCUUCACUUUUUGAAAUUGUUGUGAAACCCACUGGAGAUCUGGUUCAUAAAAUUGGAUUGAGGCCAAACUUCUAUAAUAGUUCAUCACCACCAGAUCCAGAGUUUGAAGGGAAUGUCCCAUCUUCUCAAGAGAUGUUUGGCAGUAGUUCAGAUGACUUAUCCAGACCCAAUGGGCCAUCUGCUCCACCUGGAUCCCCAGGUUCAAUCAAUCAUUCCCAACAAGGAGAGUCCUGCGGAGGACAUGGCCUACUGGUUCAACAGAAUCAACCUGAUGAGGCCCUUAAAAUGGACCUUUUGGCAUUCAGCACCUUGAAUGACUCCCAUUUGAGUGUCAGUGAACCUGACAGUAGUAAUACCCAGAAGCCUGCCGUUCAAGUCCCGGAUUUUCUUCCAGCCAUGCAAAAAGCACUGUUCAUCAGACUAAGUCAAAAUCAACAUGCUGAUGAGCAUCGUAAAGAAGAAAACCGAAUGCAUAAGAGAGUCAACAAAGAAAAAGAUGAAGCUGUGAAUUGGUAUUCAAGUGAUGAUGAAGAAGAUGGCAGCAGCAUGACAGCUAUCCUUAAAACACUAAAAAAGCAAAGUGAGAUUCUACAAAAUCAGCAUCAUUCAGCUACAGCGCAUCUGAUAGUAUCCCAAUGUCAUACAGACCCCCGGCUUCAAAAAGAAAAGAGUACACCUUGUGAUCCUCGAAUAAAAUAUGAUCCGAGGCAUGGUUCAUCUACUGAGUUAGCAAGAAAGCAAAUGGAUGCCACCACUAUUGACCCAAGACUUACCCGUGACCCCAGAAAAAUGAAGCCUCAAGUGGGGAGUAGUAGUCCAAGGUUGGAUAUGCAUCAUAUUAAUGCUGCAUAUAAUUCAAAACCACAAACAGGUGAUGAAGAUGAAGAAGGCGAAAGGGAACUUAGAGAAAAGACUGCUAUUAUUCCUCAGGAACCAAUGCCUGGCUUUGCAUUGAGGGACCCUAGAUGUCAGAUAAAGCAGUUCAGUCACAUUAAAGUAGAUAUUAUUCUAUCAAGACCAGCUUUUGCAAAAAAUGUUGUAUGGGCCCCUGAGGAUCUUAUUCCCCUUCCCCUCCCUAAACAGGAGCCAUCAAUCAAUUUGCCUCUCCCUCCACUUAUUGCUGAUCCAAGACUAAAUAAAAAUCACAAUGUUUUAAAUGAUACUAAUCAAAACUCAGUGCUUCAGGAUCCUCGUCUGGCAGGAGGAAGAACAAAAGAAAACUUUGGUAAAGUUGGAUUAUUAAAUAAACUUUCAGAUGCUAAGAGUUCUACAGAAAAACCUUUAGAUCCUAGACUUCAUAAAACAGUAGAUCCCAGGCUUCAUAGACACUCCAAUACAGAUUCUCAACAGCUGUUGCCUAAGGAUUUACAUUAUGGUACUGAUCCUCGACUUCCCAGAGUAUGCUUGAACUCGGCAGGAACUGUUACGAUAAAAUCAGAACCAGAAGACUUGCCUCCAUAUGCACCAAAACUGUCAUCAUCUGGUGGUGGUCUUGGGAGUCCAACUACAUUGCUAAGUGGAAUUAGCUUGUAUGAUCCCAGAAUUCAACCUUUGUCAUCAGUAAAGGAUGAGGAUGAACAUCUUAAAAAACUGGUUAUGACAAAACAGCAAAUUAAGCAGGAAAAUAUCUUACCAGCCACCUUAGAGGUUUCAAAGAUUGAGCUGUCAUCAGAAAGUAGUAAUGCAGAUGAUUCUUCGGAAAUCACAGCAAAUAAAAGUCAAAACACUCCUCAAAUAACUUCAAAAUCUGUUCAACCUUCUGCAGUCCAUAAUUUGCCCAUUCAGGCUUUGGCUGGUUUAAUUCGGCCUCCAUAUUCAGACCCUAGACAAAUUAGACCAACUUCUCAAGCCAUUCAGGCCACUCAGCAUCAGGAAAGUGACUCAAGUGAUGAAGUGGAUGAUGGUAAACUACUAAAAGAUGUAUUUAAAACUUUUGACCCAACAGCAUCUCCCUUCUGUUAAAUAAAUAAAUUUCUAAAACCUCAAAGAUAACCAGACUUACAGUACUAUAUAAAACCAUUUAUCUUUCAAAUAUCACAUAAUUUAUUUAGCUUGGUAAUUAUUUAUUUUUAUUGUGAAUUAAUGUUCAUAAAUAUUCUGUGGUAUGAAUUAAUCUAUUUGAUACAGUAUGUAUUGGCUGAAGAACAGUGCAGGUAAAUUUAUAAUGUGUUCUCAACUUUUAAAUGUAAAAAUUUAUAUCUGUAUAGUAUAUGUGAUUAAUUCAGUAAAGUUUAUUUUGUCAGUUACAGUGUAUCAGAGAUGUAUACUGAAGUAUUACACUUUUAUUUGUUGAAAUAACAUAUUCUGACACUUUUCUAUAUUUGUACACAUUAGUGCAAACAUAAUGACAAGGUCAGACAACACCCACAUUUAAUAUUCUGAAUAAUGUUAAACAUUAACAUUAAAGUGAGAUAUAACUUUUUCCCCAUAUGUAUCAUUUCUGGAAAAAAUACCACCUUAUAGCUUUGUUAAAGUAUUUAUUGUUGACCAAUCAUGAAGAAAAUUAAACACUAGAUUAAUUAAAAAUACAAUAUUCAUACCUCCUGUUAUCAGUAAUUUAGCCUGUUGAUAAAAUAGCUUUGACUGUAUAAAUUAAAAACAAUGGAAAACUUUUUAUGUACAAUUGAUGCUGUAUUUGCCAUGUUGUCUCAAGUGUGUUUGAACACGAUUUUCUUGACUGUGUGAUGCAAAAAGAUACUUGUUACUGUAUUUAUAUUUUUAACUGUGGUGCACCAUGUUUUAUUUAAUUUUCAUAUAGGAAAAGUGAGGGAAAGCAACAAUUCUUGUGUUUUUUUUCUUUUUUUUAAUAAAACAAGACCUUGUAGUUUGGUGACAUGUUUUAAACAAUAUGGAUCAUUAAAAAUAAUUUGGGAAGUUGAUAA